CCGAGCAUCCGGCAUAACGAAACCAUAGAACUGAUAGGGAUGAGGGAGCGGUGAUGACCACGUAACAGUUUGCGCCUCGAAAACAGACUCAACACCGUCGUUGUCAGUGUGCAACCGGAAAGCGACGAAUGCGCGUGUGUUAAGGGCUGCUGCUGCUGCUGCUGCUGCUGUUACUGUUGUGUUGUUCGAAAUUGCAUCACGAGAUCGCCCUCGAUCGGUGCUCCCUCUCAGGGCAGAGUGACUCAGUAGGAAACCGGCUUGUUUUGGCCCUCAGCCGCCAUGUCUCCCGCGGCGGUUGAUAAGCGAAAAUUGCAAUCGCCCUCCGGUCCGUUCCGUUAUCGUUUCGCUCUCGAUAACCGUGAACGUCGAUAACAGCGGGGAAUGUGCGUUGCGUAAAGUGAAAACAGACAAACGGUACAAGUGGCCUCUUGCGGUCUUGACACAAAACAUGGAGCAAACCGAGCACCAGCAGGGCCAUUUACGAAUUGAUCGGUUGUCUGGCGACUGUUCAUCGGCUUCGUCAGCGACAUCAACCGACACAGACUGUUCCUCUUCCUCUCCUGCGGACAGUGAAACGGUUAGCGGUCGUGAUAGGGUUCCUCGUGUGGUGGCGAAGAAGGGAAACAGAUCCGGAACGUACUCGUUUGGUACUGAGCAGCGGCAGCACCGCAAGCCACUAGCCGGUGGACACGGUGCCAGGAAGAAACGUGUCGCUUUCGCCGACCAACAACGGGAGAGCACAAGUGAAAGUGAUCGUACAUCGGAUGAUUCGACGGACUCGAGUGAUGACGCAGAUGGCAAUGCUCCACAGAAGGCAGGACGGAGGAGCUUUAGUGCCGUUCUGGUGCUUAAUGGUUCGGAGGAUGAUGAGCAGGAGCAGCAACAAAAGGAUGAAAGUGUCGCUUCUUCCGCUUGGUUGACGGGAAUGAAUGGAAACAGUGAAAUUGCUGAUAUUCAGCAGGAUGAGCAUGAUGCAAUGGCGAGUCGUCAACAGGAACGGGUAGUGCUGAAGCGAAUAGAGAAAAUACAAAGUCAGGAAGAGUAAGGCAGUUGUGCCAGACUUGAAGACAAUUCGGGAAGAAAUACACGAACAGAGAAUACUUGUUGCUCUCAACGAAAUAUUACAAUAAAAUAGCGAUCCAGUACUAGUAAACACA